AUGGCCUCCAAUAUCAUGGCCCUUGCUGCAAGGCAGAUUGGCAGUGCAGAACAGCCUGUGGCCGAGGAUGCACACCAGGACCACCAGAGCGAAAAGGCAGUGCACCAGCUCGAAAACGGCAUUGUGAGGAGCUGGGAGGAGCUUCCACGCCUAGCCUGGGUGGUGUCCCAGUCCCCAGAGGAGUUGGGCAACUGGUUCGUGGCACUGAAAGCCCUCAACUGCUACUGCGCGCUGCUCGGCAUCCCCCUGUACAUCGAGACGGAGACUGUCCUCAAAGAUGACCGCAGCUGGUUCUACAGGCGACUCAGCAAUGUCCAGAAGUACCUGCCCCACUUCCAGUGGGUGCUGCACACAGACCUGGACGUCCUGGUUGCCAACUACUCAGUCAGCGUCACAAAUUUCCUGGACGACAGAUUUGAUGUGAUCCUGAAUGACCAAGUUGCGCCAAAUUUGCCGCCCAUGUACCUGCAUGGGACACCGGAGCUGCACUCCAGCGCAUUCUUUGUGAAGAAUUCCGAGAAUGGAUUGAAGUUCAUGCAGCACUGGCUGGGGAGCUCUGACAAUGGCCGCUCGGUCUUCAGCAACACUGACAAUGGGCAGCUGCAUGAAAGCAUCCUGCACUUGAUGUCUCUGGAGUCCUGCCUUGGCAGCAAUGUCACCAAUGAUGCAGGGGUUGUGAUCCCCAGAGAAUACAGGUCCUACUUGUACUGCUUCAGAAACAAGCUCGAGCGUGUGAAGAGUGAGGACUGCUGGCCAAAAUUUACUGCAUGGGAGGGAGCAAGGAUCCUGGUUGUCACUGAAGGCAGCUAG